AUAUAAUAUUUGUGUGUGUUUAAGUGUGCGUAUUUGUAACUCUUGCCGCUUUUCUCUCGUUGUAAGUAUAGCUCUUACUCCUACUCUUUCCCCUCUCUCAUUCUCUCACUCAUAAUAGUGAGUGUGUAGAGUGUAGCUGUUGCUGUUUCGUUCUCGCUGCUGUUCUAUGCCCUCCCUCCAUCUAUCUUAUUUCUACUCCUCCUCUACCUCCUCCCUCGUUGCUUUUUUUCUUACUCUCUUUUCCUCACUUUCUUUUUCUCUUUCUCGUGCAGAAGUCAGUCUUUGACUCACAUGUUCUCUGUGAUGCCGUGUGGUAAGGCAUACAUACACGUUUAUAAACAUGUAUGUUUAGCAGCAUUCACACCUUUUUUACAAAAACAAGCUUGCUUUCUCUAGUUGUCGAUAAUUAGUGUGUAUGAGUACGUGUGUGUAUAUAUAUAUUAUGUUUGUGUAUAGUGUAAAUACAUAUAGUUGAUAGCUUUGUUGGUUUUUUUUUUCCAUUUUACUCUGUGUUUCUGUCUCUCUCUUACCUAUAUUUUGUCGCGGUGUUUGUAAAUAUAUAAUUUAUAUAUCUUCAUAUAUUUUUGUGUGUGUUAAUUGCAUAGAAGUUUAGUGGUAUAAAGUGUGAUUGUAUAUAUACAUAUAUGUAUAUAUACCUACGUAUGCUUGCGCGCACAUGAAAUAUGCAAACAGGGGAUAAAAAAAAGAUAAUACACAUAUGAUGUGUAUGAGUGUAUAAUAUAUAUACAUAUAUAUUUAUAUAUUGUUCAUAUUGUUGGGUUUAACUACAUAAGGGAUUUAAGAUUUUCCUUUUAUCAUUACGUGCACUUUCGGAAUUCUUGGAAAUUUCAUAACUUUGGAAAAAAAAAAUUUAUUUAUUAAUAACCCGGAUUUUUUGUUAAAAGAAAACGAAACAAAGUUCACAAUAUCUACCAACUAAGGAAUUCUAUUUACAUUGAAAAGUUUCUCAUCGACUUGAAUCAACUAUCGAAAACUAACACACGUCGUUCACCAUGGAUAUAUUAUUGUUAUCGAAGAAAUGGACUUUUCCAUUGUUGCUGAUUGGCAUUUUUUCCCAGACAUGUCUCGUCGUCUCGGAAUCUGCAUCAUCAUCGGAUUUUAACGACACCUGCAAUACUUUCUCGGAUCCUUGUAAAAAUGGCCUUAUUAUUCCUCGCUGGGAGCCAACAGGUAAUCUCAGUGUUGGAGAUAAAGUCGCCAGAGCCAUCAUCUAUUUUGUCCUCAUGGUCUACCUUUUUCUUGGUGUUUCCAUCAUUGCUGAUCGGUUCAUGGCAUCCAUUGAAGUGAUUACUUCCAAAGAGAAAGACGUUACCGUUAAGAAGCCGGAUGGUACUACAACGAUAGUCAGCGUGAGGAUCUGGAAUGAAACCGUAUCUAAUCUGACCUUGAUGGCACUCGGUUCUUCGGCUCCUGAAAUUAUGUUGUCGGUCAUUGAAAUUUGUGGUAAUAAUUUCAAGGCCGGAGAUCUUGGACCUAGUACAAUUGUUGGAAGCGCUGCUUUCAACUUGUUUAUUAUCACUGCCCUUUGUAUCGAGGUCAUUCCAAAUGGGGAAAGUAGGAGUAUUAAUCAUCUUUCGGUGUUUUUCAUCACGUCCAUCUGGAGUGUUUUCGCCUAUCUCUGGCUAUAUUUUAUUCUAUCUGUUAUAUCCUACGGAAUUGUUGAAGUUUGGGAAGCCAUACUGACAUUCCUUUUUUUCCCAGCCACUGUGGUUACAGCAUAUGUUGCUGAUAGGAAAUUAUUAAACAAAUUUAUUUCCAAAAAAUACCGGGCUAGCAAACAAAAGGGAGUUGUAAUCCAAUGUGAGGGUUUGGAUAUCGAGAAUGCUGAUUCCAAAGCAAACCACCUCGGAGAAGACGUAGCUUUCAAAGGACUUGACUCGGAAGAAACCGAUGUUCGUGAAUUUGAGCAGCAUCGUCGAGAGUACAUUGAAAUUCUUCGUGAAAUGAGAAAAAAAAAUCCAACAUUGGACAUGAAAACUCUUGAAGACAUGGCUGAAGCCGAAGCUGUAAAUCGGGGCCCGAAGAGUCGUGCUUUCUAUCGAAUCCAGGCUACUAGAAAAUUGACAGGUGGUGGUAAUAUUAUCAAGAAAGCUAAGACACAAACUAGCAUGCAGCUUUCUUCGACAACUGACCAGAAACCUGAAGAUGAAAUAACAAAGGUUUGCUUUGAUCCUGGACAUUACACUGUCAUGGAAAAUGUCGGUACAUUUUAUGGUACUGUCACCAGGGAAGGUGGUGAUUUAAGCAAGACCCUCUAUGUGGACUACAAGACUGAAGAUGGUACAGCAAAUGCCGGUUCUGACUAUGUAUACGCUGAAGGUACUCUUGUCUUUUAUCCUAUGGAAACUCACAAACAAUUCCCAAUUUCCAUUAUUGACGAUGACAUUUUUGAAGAGGACGAACAUUUUUACAUUCGUUUAAGCAAUCUUCGAGUCGGCGACUCUCAGGGAUUAUUUGAGAGUGGUCAAGCGGAAGCAAAAGCCAUACUGGCCAAUCCCUUCUUAGCCACUGUGAUGAUUUUGGAUGAUGAUCAUCCAGGUAUCUUUCAAAUCGAGGAAAAGGAAAUGUAUAUUACUGAAUCAAGCGGAGAAGUGGAAAUUCGCAUAAUUCGUACAUCAGGGGCUCGUGGCCUUGUUAAAGUCCCAUUCCAUUCUGUGGACGGCACCGCUGUUCACGGGAAGGAUUAUGAACUCUUGGAUAAGGAAGUUUGCUUUGAUAACGACGAAAAUGAAAAAUUUCUUCGCGUACGGGUAUUUGAUGAUGAAGAAUAUGAAAAGAAUGAAACUUUUUUCAUUUGGCUAGAUGAACCUUUCCUUGUGAAGAAACCAGCAGAUACUGACUCUGCCCACUCAGGUUCUAUAUCACACUAUUUUGAAGAAUGUGAUGCCAGCUGUUUUCUGGAUGAGACAAAUGUCUCGGUACAUUCUGGGACACCCUACUCAAAUAUGAUUCCUCUUAUCGAAAGACAGAAUUUUGGCAGUUCUACAUCUGCAAGCAAUGAACCCAUACGACACCGUAUGUCAGGCACAAUGUCAACAUUUUUACGCAAAAUCUCUCAAAGCAGCUUUGUCGAGGAUACAAUUGAGACGCUAAACUCCGCCAAAGUCAGUUUGAUGCAAAACGAAUCCGAGAAAGACAAACACUCUAGUGGAAAGGCUUCAAUGCCUAAAUCUCCUUCUACUUCUAAUACUGCCCCCGUGCAUCAGAGAAUGUCAGGUACCAUAUCUCAUUUUUUUCGAAAAAUAUCUCAAACCAGCUCUGAUGAUAGGUUAAGUACAGCACUGGAAACUUUUCCAUCAUCAAGUUAUAUGCAUGCAGAUAGAGAGGAGAAAGAGAAACAGCCAAUUCACCAGUCAAGUGAUAGCAACUUUUCUUUAGCAACUAUGCACCAUGCAUCAGGUAGUAGUUCUGAAAAUGUACAGCAGGAGGAAGAUGACCCUGUAUUGGUGGAACUUGGUAAACCGAGACGUGGUGAAAAUAUCAAGAUUACAGUUCACAUAACUGAGAGCACAGAAUUCAAGAGUGUGGUUGACAAGUUACUAAAGAAAGCUAACUUAUCUCUUGUCGUUAGCACUUCUUCCUGGAGAGAACAGUUCAUUGAGGCCAUAACAGUCAAUGCAGAAGGAGAUGAUGACGACGAUGGUGAAGAAGAAAAACUCCCUUCUUGUAUGGAUUACAUCAUGCAUUUUGUCUGCUUGUUCUGGAAAGUGUUGUUUGCUUUUGUACCACCAACAGAAUACUGGGGUGGUUGGGCAUGUUUUACAGUAAGCAUCUGUCUCAUUGGUGUUUUGACUGCCUUCAUCGGUGAUUUUGCUAGUCAUUUUGGCUGCACGAUAGGUCUGAAAGAUGCUGUAACUGCCGUUUCCUUUGUAGCUUUGGGCACCAGUGUCCCAGAUACUUUUGCCAGUAAAGUAGCUGCUGUAAAUGACAAAUAUGCAGAUUCCUCAAUUGGUAAUGUUACUGGCAGCAAUGCUGUCAACGUAUUCCUUGGAAUUGGCAUUGCCUGGAGUAUUGCAGCUAUUUACCAUGCUGCCAAUGGAUCAGUGUUCCGCGUCCAUCCAGGAACCUUGGCAUUCUCUGUCACAGUCUUCUGUGUCUUUGCUUUCUUUACAACUCUCAUUCUCGUGUUACGGAGACACAAGAAGGUCGGCGGUGAGUUGGGCGGGCCUCCCGUCUACAGACAUGUGGCAGCUUCCAUUUUUAUCCUAUUCUGGGUCAUAUACAUCUUGCUGACCAGUUUAAUGAGCUAUUGUUACAUUGAGGCUUUCUAAACUAUCUAAAGUGGGCCACCUGAUUGUUUUUAUUAUACAAAAACAAAAAGAAGACAAACGAUGAAACGUGCGCUGUAAAAACUGCUACAUUUCACUGGCUGACUUUGCUGCCUCCACUGUGCAUUUGAUCAAGCCAAACGACUUACUUUUAAUGUUUUUGGCUGCUGUGCUACAGAUUGCUGUUCCCUCUCUACAAGUGUGAUGAAAUUGGUAUUAUUUAAGAAUUAUAUGAAUUAUGGAAAGAACAAAAAAAAAAAAAGAAUAAAGAAAAAGAACAGCAAAAAGACACUCAGUAACCACCUUCUCCCAUCCAUUUUUACAAAAUUACUUCCAUACAUAAUAUAAAUAUAUAAAAAAAAUUUAAAAUUAUUUAAAAAAAAAAAAAACAAAAAGAUGCAAACAAAAGAAAGAAUAUUC